ACAAUCGGCUCCGUAAUCACAGGCCACAACAACUUCAGUUUCUACUCCUUUUCCCACAAAUUAUUAACUGCAUAUAAACAAAACCAUACCAUACCAUACCCUACCCCCCUCUUCACAUCUCAUCACCGCUCACAAUCUCUAUCCUUCUUCUUAUUCACUUCUCGCCGGAAAACUUACACAACAUUCACCAACGGAUAACCAGUGAUAAAGGGUCUCCGUUACUUUCUCCAUUAAGUUCGUUAAUUGAUCAAUUCAAGAUUUGCAACACGCAUUUCAAGGGGGGGUUUCAAGAUUCUUUCUUGAUUUCCUAAAAAAUUGGGGAUUGGAAUAUAAGUUUGCGGCUUUUUCACAUUAAACAAAUACCCACAAGACCAAAUCCAAUACCCACUUGUCUAAUUUGCGUCUACCUUGCAUCAAUUUUGACAAACGUUGAAAGUGAAAUGGUGAAACUGCAAUGUGUUGUUGUAGAUUAGUUGGAAAUUAACUGUCAAGUGGGGGGGGGGGCAGUUGAGAUUGAAUAAAAUGGGUGGUGGUGGUGGAGGAGGAGAAGGUAGUAAAGGGGACAAAUCUAGUUUGAAUGUGUUGUCUCAAGCCAGAAUGAUAUUGUGGAUGACUAGAGGAAUGACAACUUUGUUGUUGUGGAUCUGUGUUGUUCAGUUGUUGACUGUUGGUGAGAUUUGGGGUCCAAGAUUGUUGAAAACUUGGCCUUCUUGUUAUACUUCUAAACAGAGUGAAUCAAUUCAUUCUUCAUCUUCAUCUUCUUUCUUAGAAUCCAAAGUUUAUCUUCCCCCCAAAAGGUAUUACAAGAACAAUGGUUACCUUAUGGUUUCUUGCAAUGGAGGACUUAAUCAAAUGCGAGGAGCGAUCUGUGACAUGGUUGCAGUUGCUAGAUACUUAAAUGUCACACUUAUUGUUCCAGAAUUGGAUAAAUCGUCAUUCUGGGCCGAUCCUAGUGACUUUGAAGACAUCUUUGACGUUGAUCAUUUCAUCAGAUCGUUAAGGGACGAGGUUCGGAUACUAAAAGAGCUUCCCCCGAAUAUUAAAAGACGCGGAAGAAUUCGCUCUUUAGCACCGAUUAGCUGGUCCGACAUUUCUUAUUAUCAUAAUCAGAUUCUUCCACUUAUCCAAAGGUUUAAAGUUGUACAUUUAAAUCGAACUGACGCUCGACUUGCAAACAAUGGUCUCCCCCUAGAGAUUCAAAAACUUCGUUGUCGAGUAAAUUUCAGCGGCUUGAAAUUCACUCCACAGAUCGAGGAACUCGGUAAAAAAGUUGUGAAUAUCCUCCGAAAAAAGGGGCCGUUUUUAGUUCUUCAUCUUAGAUACGAAAUGGAUAUGUUGGCAUUCUCUGGAUGCACACAAGGAUGCAACAACGAAGAAGUCGAAGAACUGACAAGAAUGAGAUAUGCUUAUACAUGGUGGAAAGAGAAAGAAAUCAACUCCGAUUUCAAACGAAAAGAAGGGUUGUGUCCUAUGACACCGGAAGAAACCGCUUUGGUGUUACGCGCUUUGAGCAUCGAUCGAAAUAUUCAAAUUUACAUCGCUGCUGGUGAAAUUUACGGCGGUGAAAGACGAAUGGCUACUUUAGCUGGAGAGUUUCCAAAUCUGGUGCGAAAGGAGACGCUGUUGGACCCUUUGGAGCUCGGGUUCUUUCAGAACCAUUCGUCACAAAUGGCUGCACUUGAUUACCUUGUCUCUUUAGAAAGCGAUAUCUUUGUUCCGACGUAUGAUGGAAACAUGGCUAGAGUUGUUGAGGGUCAUCGAAGAUACUUGGGGUUCAAGAAGACCAUCCGGCUUGACCGAAAAGUCUUGAUUGACUUAAUAGACAGAUACAGUGAAGGGUCACUGAAUUGGGAGGAGUUUUCAAACACAGUGAAAGAAGUUCAUGCGGAUCGAAUGGGUCGACCGGCCCGGCGAGUGAUGAUUUCCGAUAGACCGAAGGAAGAAGAAUAUUUCUACGCAAACCCGUACGAGUGUUUGGAUUCAUGAAAAGAUUAUUAACAUGAUCUUUACUUACCACUGAUUCUUUAAUUCUCUGAUAGUUGCAGAUUAUGUUUGAUUACAUAGUAUACAUUUGCUUGCACCAAAUGCCAUCAUUAAAAGAGGAUUUGGGUAUAUGCAGCAGCAUCCAUUUGUUUUUAGAGUAUUUGAAUGAAUAUAUAGCACACAAAGUUUCUUGCUUUAA